AUGCAAGCCACUACAAGCCAGGAGCCGGCCUCUUCGCCCAAGAUCUCUUCUAUUAUCCCGCCACUCUUAUUGGGUACGGCAACUUUCAACACCCAACAUGUCAAAGAUCCCCUUCAGAUGCCUUACAGACAAAUUGUCUCAAGGGCACUCGAACUGGGAGUAAAUGGCUUUGAUACAUCACCAUACUACGGACCUUCUGAAGUUCUGCUGGGUGACGCGCUGGCCGCUUACACCGCAACGACGAACAUUCCAAGGGAAUCCUACGUCUUGGUCACAAAAGCUGGUCGCAUCGCCGGCAAUGAGUUCGACUACUCACCCGCAUACGUGCGAUACUCUAUCCUUCGUUCUCUCAAACGUCUAAACACCAAUUACCUAGACCUCGUUUACAUGCAUGAUGUCGAAUUCGUUUCCCCUUCCGAGGUUCUUGCCGCCGUUCAAACGUUGAGAGCACUCCGUGACGAAGGAAAGAUCCGCUAUGUUGGCAUCAGCGGUUUCCCGGUCCAUGUCCUUUGCAGUCUCGCGGAGAUGAUCCUAGCAGAGACAGGAGAGCCGCUUGAUGCAGUUUUGAGCUACGGCCACUUCACUAUUCAAAACCCCACACUCGGUAUGCCUGAGGUUAUCGCUGGUGCCGACCACACGGAUGAUCAGAGCCCUCUCAGGAGAUUCCGUAAUGCCGGUGUGCAAGUCGUCCUCAACGCCAGUAUGUUGGGCAUGGGCUUGCUUACACAGGUUGGCAUCCCCACGGACUCGGAACAGUCUGAAGACAAGGCUGGAGUUAUUGCAAAGUGGCACCCUUCACCUUGCGAACUUCGCACGGCUUGCAGGAAGCUUUCCGUCAUGGCAGGCAAAGCUGGCCAGCGGUUAGAGACAAUCGCCAUUCAAUGGUCGCUUGAGGAGUACGCCCGUGUCGCUGCCUUGGCCGGUCUUGGGGUGCAACUGCCGGGCCAGGGAGGUUUGAAAGUGGGCAGCAGUGUCAUGGGUGUAACCAGCGUUCCUGAGCUGGAGCAAACAGUUUUGGCCUGGAACAAGGUUCUCGGUGGCCUGACUGCUGGUGGUGAGGCCGAUUCAGUAAAAGAUUAUGAAAAGCUCAAGACACUGGUUGAACAAGAUAUGUGGCCUGCACUGGGCGAAUGGAAGGGGUAUAGCUGGGCGAGUCCCGAUGAGGGAUUCCAGAAUGAGAGAAGUGCUGAAUUGAUGGGUGUGAUACCUGAGGAGGAUGAACUCAUGAAGAUAGUAACCAGAAUUUCUAGCAAUUUGUAG